CAGGACGGUGUUUGUUGAUCAUAUGCCAAAAUGUGAUUAUACGAUGAUGCCGUAGCCCGGUGCAGCCUUCUGUGAUAUUUUUUUUUUAACCUGCAGGUUAAGUUGGAGCUGCGUAGGGAAAUCCUGACAUUAUAGCGUGUGUCUUGGGAUGUUUAACGCUUUGACCUUUGACUGGCAGCGAAUGACAAAUCAAAGGUCGGUGUGUGUGCGCGGAGCCGGGGUUCAAAGCGCAUCUCCAGCACGGCACAACACGACGCUCCCGGGAGAAUGCCAGAAAUCGCUCUGAAAGUUGGUCGAUAGCGGGGGAGAUAGCUUCAGCAUCGGCAGAGGGAGCAGCGGCGGCGGCGGCGGCGGAGGCAGCGGCGGCGCACUCGGAGGCUCCAUAGCGGCCACCCUCGGACCGAAGGCAGGCCCGCUGAGAGAGGAGGACUGCAGCACCAUGGACAGCUCAGAUAUGGAUGCUAACUAUGGUGGGGGACUGUUGGAUAUGGUGAAAGGAGGAGCAGGGAAGUUCUUCAGCAACUUUAAGGAUAACCUGAAGGACACGCUGAAGGACACCUCCACCAAGGUCAUGCAUCAAGUCGCCACGUACACCAAAGGGGAGCUGGACAUUGCCUACAUCACAUCACGGAUAAUAGUGAUGACCUACCCAGCGGAGUCAGUGCAGAUCGGCUACCAGAACCACGUCGAGGACAUCCGCUCCUUCCUCGACAGUCGCCAUGCAGACCACUAUACUGUCUUCAACUUAUCACAGCGCAACUACCGUGGCGCCAAAUUCUCCAACAGAGUCUCUGAGUGUAACUGGCCAUCACGCCAAGCUCCCAGCCUCCACAACCUGUUUGCUGUGUGCAAGAACAUGCACAACUGGCUCAAACAGAAUCCCAAGAAUGUGUGUGUCAUCACCUGCUCGGAUGGUCGUGCUCCCUCCGGUGUUUUGGUCUGUGCCAUGUUCUGCUUCUGCCACCUCUUCAGCAACCCAGUUCCUGCCAUGCAGCUGCUCAGCGCCAAGAGACCAGGUUCUGGCCUCUGGCCUUCACACCGCAGGUACAUAGGCUAUGUAUGUAGCAUGGUAUCAGAGAAGCCCAGCCUACCCCACUCUAAGCCCCUGGUGAUCAAAGGACUCACUAUGAGUCCGGUCCCUUGCUUCAACAAGCAGCGCAGCGGAUGUCGACCCUUCUGUGACGUCCUCAUCGGAGAAACUAAGAUCUUCACCACCGCACAGGAGUACGAGAGGAUGAGAGAGCACAGGCUCCAGGAGGGGAAGGUCGGCUUCCCUCUGGGUGUGAGCGUUCAAGGAGAUGUUGUGGUUUCCGUGUACCACAUGAGGUCGACCAUUGGAGGACGUCUGCAGGCCAAGGUGUCUAACACUCAGAUCUUCCAAAUCCAGUUCCACACUGGCUUCAUCGCUCCUGGAACCACCAUGUUAAAGUUUAACAAACCGGAGCUCGAUGCCUGUGACUCUCCUGAGAAGUAUCCCCAGCUGUUCCAUGUCAUACUGGAUAUAGAGGUAGAAGGCGUGGACAAGCAGAAAGACCUGACACCGCCAUGGGAGCAGUUCCCAUGUAAAGACCUGAGUCCCAAUGUGCUCUUCUCCUGCCACCAGGAACACCAGGAUGCACUGGCUAUUGCUGAGCCAAGCAGGCCCCAUGGAGGUCCAGACGCUCGGGGUCACGGCGAGGAGAGCGAGCCCUCGGACGAUGAGAUGCUCUCUCUCUCCAGUCAGCGAAGCAAUGCCAGCGCGGUCCCCCAAAAGCCUGAGCCCCCGGCCCCGACGCCCAACGCCCCAGCACCCGCUGAGGAAGUGGAUCUUCUCGGCCUGGACGGGGAGGAGAUCAAGCGUCCGUGCUCCUCAUCUCAACCCCCACCCACAACAGCUGCAACCACUGACCUCCUUGGGGACUUGUUCGGGGCCCCGCCUCAGCCAACCAGUGGACCCUCAUCCGCCCAGUCCACCCCACAUAAAGUAGCCCCCAACACUGCCUCGCCGUGUCCCUCCCCAGCUCCACCAGCGUUCGAUCCCUUUGGUGCGGGACCCAUGCCUAAGCCUCAGGACAUGAUGGGUUCUUUCCUCGGACCAGGUAACGUGGGCCAGUCAGAUCCUUUCCUGCAUGCUCGCUCACCGUCACCCACCCUGCAGCCCACAGGCCUCGGUCGGAGUUCCCCUGUCCCGCCCUCCACUCCAACCGUCAACAUUCAGCAGCAAAACGCCAUGGGAGGAUGGGACUGGAACAGACCUGCCACCACAAGCACAGGAGGAGGCUUUGGUGUGGGCAGUCGGUCAGCCACUACCAGCCCCACAGGCUCAGUCCACAGCACCCCCACCCACCAGACCAAGCCAAACACCCUGGAUCCAUUUGCUGACAUUGGCAACCUCGGGGGAAGCCUUGGAGGAGGUUCUGGCUUCUCCAGCAAACCAACCACACCUACUGGAACAACUCCCUCCUUCCCUCCAAUGGGAUCCCCAUCGCGGCCGCCGCCUUCUCCCCAGCACGCAGGAGGGUGGCAGCCCCACGCAGGAGCCAGCUUCCCCUCAUGGCAGCCUGGUGCUGGCAGCGGUGGAGGGUGGCAGUCCCAAGGGCAGGGUCCCACCCCGCAGCCAAAGCCCAGCCCCAGCCACACCCCCAUGCCUCACACAUCGCCCCAGAACCGACCCAACUACAAUGUCAGCUUCUCUGCAAUGGGGGGAGGCUCACCCAGUGCAGGGGGCAAACCCCAGGCUGCAAUGGGUUCCAAGCCCAAAGCCUCACAUGCCAACUUUGAUGACCUGCUGUCUGGUCAGGGCUUUGCAGGGACCAAAGAGAAGAAAGGGCCCAGGACUAUAGCAGAGAUGAGGAAGGAGGAGAUGGCCAAAGAGAUGGACCCUGAGAAACUAAAGAUUCUGGACUGGAUUGAGGGGAAGGAGCGUAACAUCCGUGCCCUGCUGUCCACCAUGCACACUGUGCUGUGGGAGGGGGAGACGCGCUGGAAGCCUGUGGGCAUGGCUGACCUGGUUACUCCAGAUCAGGUCAAGAAGGUCUACCGGAAAGCAGUCCUGGUCGUUCACCCGGAUAAGGCAACAGGACAACCCUAUGAACAAUAUGCCAAGAUGAUUUUCAUGGAACUAAAUGAUGCCUGGUCAGAAUUUGAAAGCCAAGGACAAAAACCUCUCUAUUAAAUACAGAGUGAGAGGAGGUGAGCGAGGAGAGGACGUCCCUGCUGAUUCUGCCGUCUAAUUCUCAGUGUGUUACCACCUCUGGUCAGCAUUCUGCAGCCGCAUCCUACAACAUCUGCCUUUAUACCUGUGCUUUGACUCGAGCUUCUUUCCCUGCCACAAACACCCACAAACAUCAGUGAUGACAAAAUACUCCAGAACUGUACCCAGAAUAACUGAACAAAUGACUCCCUGUAGCUCUAGUGUACCUGCUGUAUGUAUGUGGUGCAACUCUGUCCGUCCUAGUUGAGAGUUCUUAGUUCCAAACCAACCAACCCAAUCAAAGUCAGGGUCUCUUGGGAAACAGAGACCUGUUUGAUUCUGAGGAGACAGAUGAAAAGAGAGCAGGAAAAAAAAACCAUCAGGGAGUAAACUGAGCAGGCGUUUAACAGACUGCUGAGGUUCAGGGUAGUCUGAAAGGCACAACAAGCGUUUUACAGCAUUUAAGCCAUCUUCAAAUUUGAUUUUGCUUUGCACAGUGUGCAAAUCCAUGAUCAGUUCUGUCAUAUCAGAAGUUUUUCAUACAGUUGAAUGUUCCUAGUAAUGGGAAUUAAAGCAGCUGCAUCGAGUUACUGUACCCUGAAGCUCAGCCUGUAUUUCAUCACAAUAGGCUGCUAGGAGGUACAAACGAACUAUUUAUCAGAUUUAGAAAGUGCAGUUGUUGAUUUUGACUGAAUAGCUUCCAUAUCCGUUAGAAUGUAGUCUGCUGAGGAUAGCCGCGUUAGAUUUCAAAAAGGCAAUAAUAUGCUUUUUACAGUAAGGAAAAAACAACAAAAAUCCAUCUCCUGACCCAAUAUUUGUGUGACAGAUGAAACAAAAUGGUGUUCUGUGGGAAUCCUUUCCUUGGUGUGUCUGAUAUAAUCAAGCCUUGUGUGUGUCCACGUCCGUUAGGAACUGAGGAUUGUAUAUUUUAGGAUUAGCACAUGUACAGUUCCUUACAUGAAGCACCUCGAGGCCUCAUGCAUACUCACUCAUACAGUAACUUAAGUAUUUUUGCAAGGAAGCUCGGUGAAAGCACAAACUUGACAACUUUAUUCGGUGCAGCUUUGAAAGAAAGUCGUUAUUUAUUUAUUAGCUCGUUUUUCAUUUUCAGACCUGCUGGCAUUCAGUGAGACGGUGAUGAGAAAAGGUUCAGGACUUUGGGGCUAUUAUGUUUAAACACAAAGUCACUACAAUGCAAUAAGGAAUUUGAGUUGAUUUCACAGAUUUCGCUUGUGAUUCUUUCAUAUCUUCGCUGAUCCCAUGUACAGUAUAUGUGCUGAUAUCACAAAAAUGUUGAUUUGCAACACGUUUUACUUUUGAUUACUUGAUUUAUUUUGUUUACUUUUGUGAGACAUUCCUGUCACUUCACUGAGAUUUUUAUUUAUGAUCAGCAUGCAGCUUUUGGACAUGUAAUCCAAGCACCAUCAGCACUCAUGGCUCAAAGUUUUUCAAGAGCAGGUGCUGUUUAUAACAGUUUAAAUCUAACCUAACGAAUGGGAACUUAAAUUUUGCAUCAUAUAGUUUCAUUGAUGUGGUGGGAUUCUUCCUAAGUAUGAUGAUCUCUUUCUGCAUUGGAUUGAUGUUGAAAGGGAACUUACUCAUAAACUGUUUCCUUGUGUAAAAAAUAUUUAAUAAUCCUCUCACUGGAUGAAGUCCUGAGGAAAAUGACAAACAUACGCACAAACCAAAAGUCUAUAUAAAAUAAUUAUCAAUUUCUUUAGAGAGGUUUGAGAUUUUCACAGGAUGCUAAUAAGAUCAUCAUUAAACCCAUUUUAUUCUACUUAAAAUAAUGUACUACAUACAAACGGAGCAGACUAUUUGCCUUCACAUGUGCACAAACUGUUUCGGUUUUAUACAAAGUUGCCGUUUCCAUGCUCUCACUCACGGUAAGAUGAACGUCGAUACUUUAAUUUUUUUCUGUUUGGCAUCCAACUGUCUUUUCCUCUCACUGGAGUUCUUUCUCCCUGCGGGCUUUCCAGUUUGUUCACCUGCAUUAUGGAUGUUGACUGAACUCUGACCAGCGUAAGAAAAGAGUGUGUGACUGCGGUAAAGCGCUGUUUCUUCAGGACACAGAAAACAUCACAAAACUGGAGAAAAGUUGUGUCUCGAUUGAAAUGGGUCCCUGAGCAAGACACUGGGGUCUCAGGCUGGAAUCACUGAAUCUUGUGACAGCAGCUUUUUAUAUAUUUUUUUUGAUUCAAUGACUUAAGAGAUAUGAGAAGUGUGUAGUAUCAUGCGUUUAUGCUCUAUUUACACUGAGGACCUACAUGUGAAGUAACCCUCAUAAGCUCCCUCGCUGACUGAAUCUACAACCUUACGGUGAUGUUAAAAAGCUAACCUCUAUAUUGUAGUUAAUGGAUGUGUGUUGUUUGAAGUUGUACGUAUGAAAGUGAUCAGAUUUGGAUACGGAGUACUGUAUGUUAUGUGUUUGCCUGUCUGCUGUUCAAGUAAUACUAAAUUGUGUACAAAUUCCGUUCAUGUGUUUCUUUUCAGUUCUGUUUACCGUUGCAGGAUGUACAUAAGGAUCAAGUGCAGUGCACAACAAUAAACCGUAAACAGAG